AUGGCACCAUAUGGCGCGCGGAAACGCUCGUUUUUACCGAACAGUUCAUCGCAUGCAAAGAAGCGUGGACACCGGGCGGGCCCCACUCAGUCAACUCCCUGUCGUGCCCACCGUCAGGCGAAGACGCCCCCCACGAUACCAACCCCAGCCUCCACUCCCCGCCGUCGUUCCCCUACCCGACAGCCCCCCCAGCGUCUCCGCACCACGCCGCACCCCGCCACCAUGCCGCCUAACGCAACCGCCGAUAAGUUCUCCGUGCUGCUGCCCACGUACAAUGAGCGCGAAAACCUGCCGUACAUGAUCUACUUUCUGGACGCCGCAUUCGCCUCCAUCGACGCCGACUACGAAAUCAUCAUCGUCGACGACGCCUCCCCCGACGGCACGCAGGCCGUGGCCCGCGCGCUGCAGGCAGACUUCGGCCCGCGCAAGGUCGUGCUCGCCCCGCGUCCCAGCCGCCAGGGACUCGGCUCGGCCUACAUGCAUGGCAUCAAGCACGCCACCGGCAACUUUGUCCUCAUCUUGGACGCCGACAUGUCGCACCACCCAAAGUUUAUUCCGCAGUUUGUGAAGAUGCAGCGGGAGACUGGCUGCGACAUUGUUACGGGCACCCGCUACGUCAGCGAGGGCGGGGUGCACGGGUGGACGCUGAGGAGAAAGCUUGUCUCCCGCGUCGCAAACUAUCUCGCACAUGUCAUGUUGCAGCCCGGCGUGUCGGAUUUGACAGGCAGCUUUCGCCUGUAUAGGAGGGACUGCUUUGAGAGUAUUAUGCAAAAGAUGGAGGCCCGUGGGUAUGUGUUCCAGAUGGAGAUCAUUGUAAGGGCGAGGAAGAUGGGCUACAGUAUUAAGGAAGUCCCCAUUACCUUUGUUGAUAGGUUGUUUGGGGAGUCCAAGAUGGGGACGAGUGAGAUUGCCCAGUAUUUGGCUCAGCUGUGGAAACUUGUGUGGGUAUGA